CAGGAGUCUCUGGAGAAGGAACUGGAGUUGCUGCGCGCAGGCCUGGCCGGCUCCAGGGAGCACCGCCGGCUCUCUGGUAAACACGCUCCCUCUCGCCCGUGCUGGGGCUGCAUCUCUUCGCAGCUCUGUUCUGGUUCUGGUUCCUCUGCAGUUCCCAAGCCCCUGCCGCCUCACCCCGCCUGAGCCCCGGCCUCCACCCCCCUCCCCUCUGCGUUCAUCAUCCCCCAGCCUGCACGAUGCUGCCGGCGAGCCUGACCUGGCUGGGCCCGGCCCUGUGGCCGCUGCUGCUGCUGACUGGGGCUGCCUGGCUGCUGGCCCGUGUCCUGGCCUGGGCCUGGGCCUUCUGGGACCUGUGCUGGCAUCUGCGCUGCUUCCCGCAGCCCCCCAGGCGGAGCUGGUUCUGGGGGCACAUGGGCCUGGUGAAGAGCAACGAAGAGGGCCUGAGGCUGUUGGAAGAGCUGGGACACUCUUUCCAAGACCUGCACCUCUGGUGGAUGGGGCCCUUGCAUCCUGUCCUGCGGCUCGUGCACCCCAAGUUUGUGGCCCCCUUGCUCCAGGCCCCAGCCAGUGUCGCCCCCAAGGACAUACUCUUCUACGGCUUCCUGAAACCCUGGCUGGGGGAUGGGCUGCUGCUGAGUGCAGGGGACAAGUGGGGCCGGCACCGCCGCCUGCUGAUGCCCGCCUUCCACUCCAACAUCCUGAAGGCCUACGUGAAGAUCUUUGGCCAGAGCACGGACACCAUGCAUGCCAAGUGGGCACGCCUGCUGUCAGAGGGCAGCUCCCACCUGGACAUGUUUGAGCACGUGAGCCUCAUGACGCUGGACAGCCUGCAGAAGUGCAUCUUCAGUUUCGAAAGCAACUGUCAGGAGAAGCCCAGCGAGUACAUCGCCGCCAUCCUGGAACUCAGCGCGCUGGUGACCAAGCGGCUCCAGCAGCUCCACCUGCACUGGGACCUGCUGUACCACCUCACGGCCGACGGGCGGCGCUUCCGCCGAGCCUGCCGCCUGGUGCACGCUUUCACAGACGCCGUCAUCCAUGAGCGGCGCCAGGCCCUCCUCGCCCAGGGCUCCCGCGACUUCCUCAGGGUCAAGGCCAAGGCCAAGACGCUGGACUUCAUCGAUGUGCUUCUGCUGGCCCAGGAUGAGGACGGGAAGCAGCUGUCAGACGAAGACAUCCGGGCCGAAGCUGACACCUUCAUGUUCGAGGGCCAUGACACCACGGCCAGCGGCCUGUCCUGGGUCCUGUUCAACCUGGCGAAGCACCCGGAGCACCAGGAGCGCUGCCGGCAGGAGGUGGGGGCGCUGCUUCGGGGCCGGGUGCCCCAGGAGCUGGAGUGGAAAGUCUCCGCCUGCACCCUCCCGUCACUGUCAUCUCUCGCUGCUGCUCCCAGGACGUGCCUCUCCCGGAUGGCCGGGUCAUCCCCAAAGGGAUCAACUCUGUCAUCAGCAUCUUCGGAAUCCAUCACAACCCAUCCAUCUGGCCGAACCCCAAGGUGUACGACCCCUUCCGCUUCCAGCCAGAGAACAUGAAGGACAGGUCACCGCUGGCCUUCAUCCCCUUCUCUGCGGGGCCCAGGAACUGCAUCGGGCAGACGUUCGCCAUGGCCGAGAUGAAGGUAGUGCUGGCGCUGACGCUGCUGCGGUUCCGCGUGCUGCCCGAUGAGCAGGAGCCGCGCCGGAAGCCGGAGCUCAUCCUGCGGGCCGAGGGCGGGCUGUGGCUGCGGCUGGAGCCGCUGGACCUGGCCCGCUGACCCUGCGCGGACACCCGAGAGAGAAUAAAGCUGUGUGCUCCCCUG